AUGCAGCGACGCCCGAUGCAGCUUGAUAAUCCCUUCGCUGCGCCGGGGGAGGCGGACAAGGAGAGCGAUGGCGAGCGUCGUAUGCGCAUGGAAGAGGAUGGUAGCGGCGGCGUGCUGUGUGAAGGUGCAGAAGCAACAGCAGCAGCAGAGGCGGCGGCAGCAGAGGAGGAGGAGGAGGAUGAGGAGGCGGACGACGAUGAGUGCCCCACACCGCCGUACGUUCCGUGUCGCUGCCAGUUUGGUCUCUCAGCGCCGGCAUUCGUGCUCGACCUGGAGUAG